AUGAUCGGGUGGGGCGACGUGUACAAGGUGGUGGCGGCAACGGUGCCGCUCUACUUCGCGCUGUUCCUGGGCUACGGCUCCGUGCGGUGGUGGCGCAUCUUCACGCGGGAGCAGUGCGACGCCGUGAACCGGCUGGUGGCCUUCUUCGCGCUGCCCUUCUUCACCUUCGAGUUCACGCUGCACACGGACCCGUUCCAGGUCAACUACAGCGCCGUCGCCGCCGACGUCAUCUCCAAGGCCGUCAUCGUCGGCGUCAUCGCCUGCUGGGCCGCCAGGGUCGCCUCCGCGGGCAAGGGCGCCGGUGGCGGCGGAUGGGCCGGCUGCGCCGUCGGCUGGUCCAUCACCGGCUUCUCGCUGUCCACGCUCACCAACUCCCUCGUCGUCGGCGUGCCCAUGGCCAGGGCCAUGUACGGCGAGUGGGCGCAGCAGCUCGUCGUCCAGCUCUCCGUCUUCCAGGCCAUCGUCUGGCUCACGCUCCUCCUCUUCGUGCUCGAGAUCAGGAAGGCCGCCAUCGGCAUGUACGUCGACGUGCCGGACUCGCCGGUCAAGGACGUCGAGUCCGCCGACACCGCCCCUGCCGCCGCCUCUGCUGCCACCGUCGUCGUCGUCCCCGUCAAGCCCUCGCUCUGGGCGCUCGUCAAGGUGGUGGCGCACAAGCUGUCGCGCAACCCCAACACGUACGCCAGCUUCGUCGGCAUCACCUGGGCCUGCGUUGCCAACAGGCUGCACAUCGAGCUGCCCAGUGCCUUCGAGGGAUCGGUGCUCAUCAUGUCAAAGUCGGGCACAGGAAUGGCCAUGUUCAGCAUGGGGUUGUUCAUGGCGCAGCAGGAGAAGGUGCUGGCGUGCGGGCCCAGCUUCGCGGCGCUGGGCCUCGUGCUCAAGUUCGCGCUCGGCCCAGCCGCCAUGGCCAUCGGCUCCAUCGCCGUCGGCCUCCGCGGCGACGUCCUCCGCGUCGCCAUCAUACAGCUCCUCCCCGCCAUGGCCACCGCCAAGGGGCCUAGCUCUUCUCCGCCAUGGCCGCCGCCAAGGGGACCAGAUCCGCCCCGUCAUGGCCGCCGCUGGGCUCCUCCCCGCCAUGGCCGCCAUCACGCUCUGCUCGAGCUUCGUCCCGCCAUACCCUCUGUCGACCUUCGCCCGAGCUACGCCCAGCUCCGAUCCGCCGGCUCCUCCGCGCCCGAGCUCAUCACAGCAAAGGCCGAGGCCGCCUUCUCCUCUCCGUCUGAGCACGAGCACAUCGCGGUCGGGGCAGCCUCUGCCUGCGCGCCCGAGCUCGUCGCAGCCAGGGCCGGGGCCGCCUCCGCCUCCCCCUGCGCGCUCAAAGCCGAGGCCGGGGCCGGGGCCACCUCCGCCUCCACCUGCGCGUGCCCAUGGCUGGGGCCAAGGCCGCCUCCACCUCUACGCUCGAGGCCGUCGUGCGAGCGGUGGGGAUUGGGGAAGAAGAUAGUGAAUUCGUAG